AUAUUUGAUAUUUUUCAGAUUCAAGAUGAACUGUGCUGUAAUUCAUAAGCCUCGUCAACUUUUGGUUCUUAAGAACAGGCCAAUUCCUGAAAUUCCACCUAUAGGUCUCCUUAUUAGGACUUUAUAUGCUGGGGUCUGUCAUUCUGAUAUCCACUUCCAAGAUGAUAAGCCCGACAAAGGUGUCGUAAUGGGGCAUGAAAUUAGUGGGUUGAUUCAAGCUUUUGGAGAAGAUGUUCAAGGUAGCAAGAGUGGCCUUGCCAUUGGGGACAAAGUUUGCAUUCAUCCAUGGAUUGGUUGCCAAAAGUGCCCGCUUUGCAAGGCAGACAAAGCCAAUCAAUGUGAGCACAACCCAAAGGGGGCCAUGGAUAUAGGGCAGGGUCCAGCGGGUGGUUUUUCAAACCAUGUGGUCGUGCCUCAUUUUAAAUUUGCUGUUAAAGUUCCUGAAGCAAUCCCCAUGGAUCUUGCUGCAUUGAUACCAUGCAGUGGUGUGACUGCAUAUGCUGCCCUGAGCAAGGUCAAAUCUGCAAUUGAAGAGGCUGGAAAGUUGUAUCCAUUUUCUCGUCUGUUGGUAAUUGGUGUUGGUGGCGUAGGAAUAUGGGCAGUCAGUAUCGCUAAUUCUGUCUUCCCAUACAACACAAAAAUAAUUGCUGCUGACUUAAACAAAGAGAAACUCCAUUAUGCAUUGAAAAUUGGCGCAUCAGAUACCAUCCCUUGGAGCAAGGAUCAAUCUAAAGAGGACCUUGUUGCUAUGACAACAGCUUCGGGUAAAAUGGAUGCGGUAAUUGAUUUCGUUGGCAGUGAGACAACAUCCCACACUGGUAUAUACACCUUGAGAAAAGGAGGGGUAUACGUACCUAUUGGCUUAUUUGGUGGAGAGCUCCAACUUCCAGUUUCAAAAAUCAUCAGUGAUUCGAUCAAGAUAGAAGGAUCGAGAACUGGUAACUUACGCCAGUUAAAAGCCAUGCUUAAUCUAAUGGAGGAGAAAAAGGUGCCUUACCCACCAAGGGGGUAUUAUAAGCUGGAGGAGAUCAACAAUGUUAUGGACAACCUCAGAGAUUGUAAUGUUAUGUUCAGAGCACUUAUCAAAUUUGACGUUCAGGCUUAGCUUACAAAAUUAGGAAAUAUAUGGGUGCUUUGGAUUGCAAUAUUUGACAAUGAUGCUCAUUUGAGAGCAAUGAAUUUUGAACAUAAAUAUUUUUAUUAUGUACUUGCAAUUUCAUUUCCCAAUUUUGCUUGUUUCAUGCAUGCAUGCAUAAGAUAAGUGACUGAUUUGAAUCAUUAUUGCAGAUUUGAAUUGUUAUUGCAGAAUAUUGCAGAUUUUGAUAUGUUUAUUCUAAGCUUUGACCACCCAAGGCUAAAUAUUGUUCAACAUUUAUUUUUCAUUUGAGACAAAGCAAUAAUGAAUUUCACAUCUAUUUUUAAAUCAUUAU